AUGAAUGUUCGACAACAAUAUCAGACGUCAAGUAGGGAUGAAAGUGGGAACAGGAAAAUCCCGUACCGACCGAUGCCGUAUCCCGAAUAUACCGAUCGUAUUCCGUUUUGGCAGCAAAAAAAGGAAACGGGAACAGGAAAAAAAAUGGGAACAGGAACGGGAACGAAUUCGGGAAGGGGUGUUUCCCGACCGUAUUCGCGGAUCCCGUAUUUGGGCAGGAAAAUUCCCGCGCAUGACGAGAUGGAGCAGCAGCCGCCAACUGCAGGUGGAGAUGGACCUGGACGUGCUUCCGCUUCUGUUGCUGCCUCGUCUGCAUCCAAGCGCCGGCUCCAACUAGAGCCGCCACAGCUGGUCGUGGUGCGCAGCGUCACCAUUCUUCCUCCAAACCCAACAACAGGAUCUAAGAGGUCAAGUUUAACAAAUGGAAGCCCUGGUCAAAUUCAAGGUCUUGGUUUGUGUUUGUCUAGUGCAACUCCUUCAUCUAGCCCAGCAACAGCAACCGAUGCAUCUUCUUUGCCAAGUGGAGGUGUGAGUGGAGUUGCUGUUGUAGGUUCUGGUUCUAGUGGCCACAAUGUUGAUGCUGCUGCUACUGGUGCUAACUAUCCUGGUGGACAAGAAGGAGCAAAUACUGCAAAUGCCACCGUUGUUGAAGGUGAUGAGGCGCCAAGUGGAGAUGAAUAUGAACCAGAUGGAAAGAGGCAAAAGAGUUGCACAUCUGGUGUAUGGAAGUACUUUACCAAAAAGAAGCUUGUCAUUGAGGAUAAUGGGAAGGUUUAUAUUCAGAAGUGGGCUCAUUGCAAUUAUCCAAAGUGCAAGCACAAGGCCAGAUGUGAGGGAAAUUAUGGGACAACAGGUUUCUGGACACAUUUGAGGGUAGCACACAGUGUACAGAAGGGCCAGCAGCAAUUAAAGGUGGAAAAAGAUGGUGCACAAGAAAUCAAAGCUGUUGUAACAUACAGGUAUGAUGAAGAGGCCAGCUUGAGAAAGUUUUACUUGGCAAUAGUCAUGCAUGAGUAUCCAUUCAAUAUAUCUGAGCACGAGUAUUUUGUUGAUUUCAUCAAAUCACUACGACCUAGCUUUCCAAUCAAAUCUAGAGUUACCAUUAGGAAAGAAAUUAUGAACAUGUUCUUAGAGGAAAAGGAGAAGUUAUAUGCUUAUUUCAAAUCUGUUCCUUGCCGGCUCAGUGCCACCAUGGACAUGUGGACUUCAAAUCAGAACAAAUCAUACAUGUGUGUCACCGUUCAUUGGAUAGAUGAAAAUUGGUGUAUUCAGAAAAGGAUUGUGAACUUUGUGCAUGUAGAGGGCCGUCAUACUGGUGCCAAGUUGUCAGAGACAUUUACUGAACUCAUGGUUAAGUGGAAUAUUGACAAGAAAUUGUUUGUCCUGACCUUGGACAAUGCAUCAGCAAAUGAAGUUGCAGUCAAAGACAUCAUAUCUGAUCUGAGGCCUAAUUCUAGUGCUUCAACUUUGGCUCAUAUGAAGAAGGUGGCUCUUAGUAAGGCGAACGACGGGACUUGUGAGCUCCGAAAAGCUGAGUUUUUCGGUUCGCUCCUGGUCGCGUAG